CUAUCCAUCCACCUAUCCAUCCACCUAUCCAUCCACCUAUCCAUCCACCUAUCCAUCCAUCCAUCCAUCCACUCGCUCCAUUAUAUUCAUUUGUCCACCCCAUAUACCGUUAUAUCAAUUAUAUUAUAUCACACUCUAUCACAAUGUCCGUCCUCUCCAUCGCACAUGUAAACCUCACCGUCCCCGCUGGAACCUUGGCCCAAGCCAAUGAAUUCUACGGCACGACAUUAGGAUUGACACCACGACCAGUUCCACAUCUCCAACGUGAUUCACUGGCUUGGUUCGACAUCGGUGAUAGCGGUCAACAAGUCCACAUUGCGUUUGGCGAUGUCAAGGAAUUAGAGGAUAAUUUGCCAAAGGGUGAAACCGGUGAGGAUAAGGCUUGGACUGGAACGAGAAGACAUCCAUGUUUUAAAGUCGGGAGUGGAGAGGAAUUAUUGAAGCUUCGAAAACGAAUCCACGAUCACUAUGUCGCCGGCGGACCCGGUGCUCCUUCUGCAGCUGAUGCACCAGGACAAGAAGAUUCCGGCGCCAAAGGCAUCGAGUAUCCCCAGCGAUUCUUUGCGAGAGAUUAUGCUGGGAAUAGGCUGGAAUUUAGUCUUUAGUUCCAGAACAUGGUCUCGCGCGUUGUGGUAAAUACUAUAUCUGUACAGAUGUGCACGUCAAAACUGAAUAGGUAUCUGAGAUCAUUGAAGCAUCCACUUAACAACGUCCUUGAUAAAAGUGAUAUCCUUUGUUGAUACGUAUGGUAAUGUCUCAACAAAAUACAACCAUCAUCC